CUCAAUACCAAUUGAUCAUUAGGUCCUCAGGGAUUCUUUCUUAGCUGCAGAGAGAUAAACGACAUCCUUCUCAAGUCCUUGUACGAUUAGCGACGCAUAUUUGAAACCUCUUGAUAUCGCCCUACGCCCCUCACUUACAGGCAGGAUUGCCGAAGGAGUAGUGGUCAUAAUGUAUCGCACUCUCAUAUUCGCCGCGUUUUGGCGUAUAUCAUCACCUUUACUUGUAGCGAAUGGAUCGCCAUGUGGGACGCAAUGCGGUAAUGUUCUUUCUUCGACGACGGAGGACAUGAUCGUCUGCGGCGAGUCGGCGUAUAGUACCACAUCAAAUGGUCAAGUCUAUCAGGCCUGCAUCGGUUGCGAGUCAACAAGCACUUACUCAACAGUCCAAGGGCAACAAAACACCUCAGACUUACAGUACAUGCUCUAUAACUUGCGAUAUGCCGUUAACGAAUGCUUAUUUGAAGCUCAAACAAGCCCAUGUAUUACCUCCUUCGCAUGUAAAAACAUCCAGACAGCGAUACAAUAUCAAAACCUCUCAUCCAGUAGCUCGAUAUAUGGCUACUGUGAUCAAUGGACCGAUUAUAAUCUCGAUAAAUGCCAUGAGUGUUUAACUUCUGAGUCAAAUGGUCAUUACCUCAGCAACUUCAUAUCAAUCCUAGAUGGCGCCUGUAAUCUGCGGCUCGAGCCACCAGCUACCAUCCCGUUACAAGGCAGCAUCUUUUCCACAGUUGCCCUGAACGUGACGAGCCCAACACCCACAGCCACAUUCUCACGACCAGGACUUCAAGGCCCCCUAGACUCCGGAGCCAUCGCGGGCAUCGCAGUCGGCGGGCUCGUCGUCAUCCUCGCCCUUAUUGGCUGCGGCAUCGUCCUCAACGGCAAGCGUAGGAGAAAGGCGUACCUACGCCGCCGAUCGCAAAUCGGCAAGAACUGGCCCCCGUCGCAAGGCGGCGCCGCCGGCGAAAUGUACGAAACGCCGGUAAGCCAGAAGCCGCUGCGCGGGUGGGAGGACUCGCCCGUCAGCGCCGCCACGCAGUCCACCUUCCCGCCGUACUUCUCCCCCUACACCUCGCAGUACAACAGCCCCGUCAGCGGCGUCGAGGCCCCGAAUAACAGGGCCUGGCCCGUCGAAAAGGCCGCGUAUAAUAAUAAUAUCGGUGUUGCUAUUAGUCCUGAUCGCGAUAUCGUGUCCCCUUGGGACGAUAAGAAGGGCAAGGAAAAGGCGAGUUUGGUGGGCGAUGAUGGGUAUGAACUCCAGGAGGGCGUUAAUAGUGCGGGUGGCUAUGGGUUCCCGGUUCCUCCGCCCCCGCCGAUGCCUUCGGCGCCUGUGUUGGGGCAUCCGGGGUAUGGGAGACAUGGGGCGCCGCCGAGGGCGCCGAUGGUGGGUGGGGAUGGGAUGGGGAAUGCGCUGUGAGUUUGGGUGUCGUGU